AUGCCGAUCCACCCGGGGGGGAACCACCCAGGCCUGCCUCUCUCAGCCGUGUCUCUAGUCGCCGUGGGUUUCCUGUUUUUAGGCAGAUUUUUUGGCGGCGGCAGUUUUCCGCUUGGUGUUGGAGCGUGGCUCGAAGACGGCCGUCCUCCGGAGGAUGGCGGGCACUGCGGGCAGUCCGACUGUGGGGCGCCGGCGGAUGACUACUGGCCCUCCAUAAAAUUGUUCACCCGGACCCUGAUGGACGUCCUUCUCCUGGCUAUCUUCACAAUAAUGGCCAUUGUAGAGGUGAAGGCUCCAGGCUGCGUUGCACAGUUAUAUGCGAAUUCUGUGAAAAGGAGACAGCACAGGAGAGCCAAAGAAAAUCGCCCCAGGAAGGCCGGCGCGAACGCCAACACUCAUUUGCCUGAAAACAGCUUCCAAAAGAAAUCUCUCAGGUCCAAAGUCCACAGUACCCACAAAAAUCUCGACAAGCCCAUUAUGAGCAUAGAUGACGCCAUCGUCCUGAGGGGCGGAUGGCAGAGCCGGGGCAGGCACGGCGCCGUCAGAGAGGGCGUGUGCUUCGACAAAGACGGACGUGUCUGGAAGGUGGCCAUAAAGUCCCCCGUAGACAAAAGAGACAAAGCCAGCGUGCAGGCAAUAAACAGGGAAUGCAGCGCGCUGACCACCGUGCCUCACCACCCAAAUAUCGUGUGGGUGUUCGGCGGCCGGAUGGGGGAUGACCCCGUGAUCGUCGAGGAGCUGAUGGCCACGAAUCUCGGGCGGCUGCUGUGCGAAUCCAGAUUUGGCCUGACCUACGGCGACAUAGUGAAGAUUGGGCUGGACGUCGCCAGGGGCAUGCGCCACCUGCAUGAGCACGGUUUCGCCCAUUUCGAUAUCACCCCUUCCGGCAUACUGCUGGACGAGACUCGGAACGCGAUGCUAGCGGGGUCUUCGGAAUCCAGGCAGACUGGCAUGUUGAACGUUUGCGCCGCUUCCCGUGGGACUCCCGGGUACAUAGCACCAGAGUGCCUUCAGGCAGGGGGAGCCGGUGAGCUCGCUGUCAGUGACUCCAGCCAGCCGCAGGCUGACGCCGAAAAAAUCGAUGUUUACAGCCUGGGCAAAGUUCUAAUAAAGUGCAUCACGGGGAGUCUAGAAGUAGAAAGCGCGACUGCGGAGAGGCUGUGCCCCGCGUCGUUGUGGGAAUUGGUGCACACGUGCGUUGAGCGCCGACCAGAGGAUCGACCAGGUUCUGAGCAGGUCGUCGAGGGGCUCCGUGGCAUGUUGGAGGGGAGCGGAAGCGGGCUCGAUGAGUGGAGACUUAGGAGGCCCAAGGCAAAGAUCUGGUGUGUUUGUGAGUGA